AGCGCGGCUGCGGGCCUGUCACACACAGCAUGGCGAGGGGGCGUGGCCUCGCCCCCCUAGCGUGAGCGACGCGUGGGCGGAGCUUCCUGCGCGAGGGCGGGCGCGCGGCAGGUUUAGAGGCGAAGGCGGCGAUGGCCUGUUCGAACCCUUGGGACCCGGCGCAGCCCACGGCCGCGGGGCUGGUGCUGGCCAAGUGCCUGGCGGCGGGUGUGGUGACCCAGGAGAUGCUGGAUUUAUCUGCUAAACAAGCCCCUUGCUUUGUGCACCUCACCGAGGUGGAGAAAAUUGCAGACAUCCGAGCUGAAAUAAACCAGAAGAGCCUGGAAACCGAAAUCCUGGGACUGGAAAAGGAAACUGCAGAUAUUGCACACCCAUACUUCCUGACUCAGAAAUGCCAAGCUCUGCAAAUUAUGAAUAAGCACUUGGAAGCAGUGCUGAAAGAGAAGAGGACUCUCCGGCAGAGGUUAAUGAAGCCCUUGUGUCAAGAGAAUUUGCCUAUUGAAGCCAUAUUCCACAGGUAUGUAGCAGAGUUAUUGACAUUAGCAGUGGCCUUCAUUGAGAAACUGGAAAGCCACUUGCAGACCAUAAAGAGCAUCCCUCAGAUACCCCUGACCAUGAAAAACAUGGACAAUGCUCUGGCAAAAAUUAACUUGCUUGUGACAGAGACUGAAGAGCUGGCAGAGCAGAUACUGACGUGGAGAGAACUGCAAAAAGGAAUCCAUUAUGACAACUCCAAGAUCACUAACGAAUCAGAUUCUAGCUUCAGAAUUUAGUUCCACCAUAAAACAUCUUAUUUGUGCCGAAGGAAAGAUGACCAGUUGAAAGUUCUGUUUUUUACCAGUCCUGUGUGAUAGUGGCAGUAUAUGUGUACCUUAGUCUAACUAGAGACUUUAUGGUCAGAUAUCUCCCCUGUUCUAGAAGGGAUAUUUUAGUUGGCAACAAGUGACGAUUAAAAUUGGACAAUGAUCUGUAAAUGACAGAA